CCCCCAAAGAUCAACAAAAGAACCCCGUGGAAACUGAGCCUUCUAGAGUGACUGACCCCAGUUAGGAGGACCCCAGCAGAGACUGUUUUCCUUCCGCUCCUCACUCCUUGAGGCCUGGCUGUUGGGAACUGGGAAGACUCUAGGAUGUGGAUGUGAGAAAGGUGAGCAAAGAAGGCAGAUGGCGACGAGGAGCAGCCCCAGCCCCAUGCCCGUGGGCACGGCUCAGGGUGAUCCUGGAGAGGCAGGAACACAGCCGGGUCCUGAUGCUGGCAUCCGGGAGACUGGGUCAGCCACUCAGCUGAAGUUGAAGCCCAAGAAAGUGCGCAAGAUCAAGGCACUCAUCAUUGACCUGGGCUCCCAGUACUGUAAGUGUGGCUACGCGGGGGAGCCGAGGCCCACCUACUUCAUCUCCUCCACUGUGGGCAAGCGCUACUCCGAGGCCGCCGAUGCUGGUGACACCCGCAAGGACACCUAUGUGGGCCACGAGCUGCUCAACAUGGAGGCGCCCCUGAAGCUGAUGAACCCGCUCAAGUAUGGCAUCGUGGUGGACUGGGACUGCGUACAGAGCAUCUGGGAGUACGUCUUCCACACGGCCAUGAAGAUCCCCCCCGAAGAGCACGCCGUGCUGGUCUCUGACCCCCCGCUCAGCCCCAGCAGCAACCGGGAGAAGUAUGCAGAGCUCAUGUUCGAGACCUUUGGUAUCCCUGCCAUGCACGUGACGUCCCAGUCGCUGCUGUCCAUCUACUCGUACGGCAAGACCUCGGGCCUGGUCGUGGAGAGCGGGCACGGCGUCUCGCACGUGGUGCCCAUCUCGGAAGGAGACGUGCUUCCAGGCCUGACGGGCCGCGCCGACUAUGCCGGGAGCGACCUCACCACCUACCUGCUGCAGCUGCUCAACGAGGCCGGCCACAAGUUCACGGACGACCACCUGCACAUCAUCGAGCACAUCAAGAAGAAGUGCUGCUACUCGGCACUCGUGCCUGAGCAAGAGCUCGGCCUGGGCCUGGAGGAGGUGCGCGUGGACUACGAGCUCCCCGACGGCCAGCUCAUCACCAUCGGCCAGGAACGCUUCCAGUGUGCCGAGAUGCUCUUCAAGCCCACCCUGGUGGGCAGCAACCAGCCGGGCCUCCCCGCGCUCACCGCCGCCUGCCUGAACCGCUGCCAGGAGGCGGGCUUCAAGGAGGAGAUGGCCGCCAACGUGCUGCUGUGUGGUGGCUGCACCAUGUUGGAAGGCUUCCCCGAGCGCUUCCAGAGGGAGCUGAGCCUCCUCUGCCCCGGGGACAGCCCUGCAGUGGCCGCUGCUCCUGAGAGGAAGACCUCCGUGUGGACUGGCGGCUCCAUCCUGGCCUCCCUGCAGGCCUUCCAGCAGCUGUGGGUCAGCAAGGAAGAGUUUGAGGAGCGGGGCGGGGCGGCCAUCUACAGCAAGUGCUGAGCGGCGGUGCCCUGGUAGGCGAGGCCUGGCGGUCAGGUGGCCUCCGGCCACUCUAUACACAUUUACAGAAUUUCACAUAAAACUUUAACGUGCA